AAGGCUUUGUUUGAUCGAAAUGGAGGCAGGUAUCAAGUGAGUGGUUUGUUGAUUUAGAGAAGAUGGAGGCUAAAUCGUUGUGGGUAUUACUCACUACACUUCUGUUCAUCAUACAAGGGUGGCGACAGAUUGAGGGGUGCUUGGAGCAGGAGAGAAUUGCUCUCUUCCAACUCAAAUCUUUUUUCAAUGACAGUAACUGGGUAGAUGUGAAAGGUUCGAAUUGUUGUGAAUGGGAAGGAGUUGAGUGCAACGUCACUAGUGAACGAGUAAUAGGUCUCGAUCUUGGUUUCAAACGUCAAUGGGAUAACCGUGAAUGGAUAUCAGAUCCAUAUGGGUAUCUCAAUGUCUCUUUAUUUCUUCCAUUUGAGGAAUUGAAGAGCCUUGAUUUGAGUGGAAAUGAAAUUGCAGAUCUUGUAGAUAACCAAGUAUCUGUUUCAUCUGCUUUCAACAAGUUAGAAACUCUUGUAUUAACUCAGAAUUACUUCAAUGAUAGUAUCUUAUCAAAAUUGAAGAGUUUGACAAACUUGAAGACGUUAGAGUUAAACUUCAAUAGCAUCAAAAGCCUCCGACAGUUUCAAGGUGAGAAAGCGCAACCGAUGAUAAAUUUGGAAGUGCUUAAUUUGGAUUAUAAUUCCUUGAACAACAAUGAUUUGGCAUAUCUCAAGGGGUUAUCAAGUUUAAGGUCCUUGAGUAUUGGGGGAAACCAAUUGGAAGGGUCAGUAGGUAUUACAGUAUUGAAUAAUAUGACAAAGCUAAAGAAGUUGGACUUGAGUGCCAAUAAAAUUGAGAACCUCCAAUCUCCCUAUGAUGGUGAGAGGCCACUUAAUUUGACCAAUUUAGAAGAGUUUAAUUUGGAUCAGAACUCCUUCACGAACAACUUAUUGACACAGCUUAGUGGGUUUUCCAAUCUAAAGUCAUUGAGUAUACAGAAUAAUCAGCUUAAAGGAUCAAUAAAUAUUAAAGAAUUAUUAGACACUUUAAGCAACUUAGAGGAGCUAGACAUGGGUGGAAAUGAGCUGAAGGAAUUUGUGCCCAUAAAGAAUAAAGAAAAUGAAAGUUUAGGAAAGCUAAAGGUUGCUAACCUAAACGGGGUGUUCAACAAUGGAACUGCUUCUCUAAUACAACUCCUGGAGACAUUCUCAUCUGUUAAUACCAUAUAUUUGAGAGGCAAUUACUUUAAUGACACCUUUUCUACUCAAGAUGAAUUGCAAGUGUCGAGCAAAAUUGAGGAAUUAGUACUAGAUCGAUCAUCUCUCAACAACGACAUUCUUCAAAGCAUUGGUGCAUUGGCUUCUCUUAAAAUUUUAUCUUUGAGUGGUUGUGGGCUGUCUGGGACAUUACCUACCCAAGGAUGGUGUGAUUUACGGAAAUUUGAGGUGUUGGAUCUUAGUGAAAAUGCUCUUAAAGGAACCCUCCCUUCAUGUUUGGCUAACUUGUCAUCACUUCAUUAUUUGGAUAUUUCCGGUAAUCAAUUCGUCGGGAAAGGUGUCUCCAUUGGCUUAGCCAAUCUCACUUUGCUUAGAUUCAUUUCUCUUUCACGAAACCUAUUCGAAGUUCCUUCCAUUUUCAUAUCAUUUGCCAACCAUUCACACCUCAAAGUACUCUCCAGCAAUCAAAACAAGUUAGUGGAAGAGCCUACCAUUCCAAAAUGGGUCCCAAAGUUCCAACUAAAAGCCUUCCGUUUGUCAAAUUGCACAACAAAGGAACUCCAAACUGAAAUUCCGAAAUUCCUCUAUUACCAAAAUAACCUGAGUAUUAUUGAUCUUUCAUAUAAUAAUUUUGGAGGGAAGGUUCCUUUUUGGUUGUUAGAGAACAAUACAAGAAUGGAAGCAUUUUUAAUGAAGGGUAACUCUUUUAUGGGUCAUCUCAAUCUUCCAUCUCAUCCGAAUCCAAACAUAUCCUUUGUUGAUAUAUCUGACAACAAAAUACAAGGUCCAAUUCCAGCAAACAUUUGUUCAAUCUUUCCACAACUAAAUGGGUUAAACCUAGCAGGCAAUUCCCUUCAAGGUAAUAUUCCUCCUUGUCUGGGUAGUUUGACCACUUGGAAUUUAUUAUUAGAUCUGUCACAUAAUCAGCUAUCUGGAGGAAUACCAGAAAUGUUAGCUCAAAGUGACUCGUUGAGGUUUCUUAGGCUAUCAAAUAAUCAUCUAAGUGGAAAGAUAACCCCGACAAUCUUUUGCUCAACUUCAUUACGAUUGCUAUAUUUAGAUGGCAAUAACUUUGAUGGAAAUAUACCUAGCAUUGAUAUCUCAACUUUCCUUUCAUAUUCCCUUGUUGAUAUGGAUUUAAGUAACAACAAUUUGUCCGGAGAGCUCCCAAGAUGGAUAUGGAAUGUGUCAAAUUUAAAUGCAUUGGCAGUAUCCAACAAUCAGCUCAAGGGUCUCAUUCCGAUGGAAUUGUGCUAUUUGGAUUCCCUUAGAAUUUUGGACCUUUCAGAAAAUAAUUUUUCUGGCCCAAUACCAUCUUGCUUCGGCCCACAAUCUAUCAUACAUCUCCAUUUGAGCAAAAAUAGAUUAAGUGGCACCUUGACAAAUGCAUUCUUUAAUAGCUCUUCCUUGGUGACUUUAGAUCUUAGUGAAAAUCAGUUGAGUGGAGAAAUUCCAUACCAGAUUGGAACUCUUUCUGCUUUGAGUGUUCUCCUUCUAAAAGCCAAUUAUUUUAUUGGAGAAAUUCCCAUUGAGAUAUGUAAAUUGUAUUCUUUAAGUAUCAUUGAUCUUUCUCAAAACAAGCUUUUUGGUUUGAUACCUUCUUGUUUGAGUCGUUUAACUCUUGAUCCAAAUGGUGAAAAAUCUUUAACAAAGACCUAUUGGGAGGGCUCUGGAGGAAUCUUUGAGCGGGGUAAUUACUUUGGACUGACUGAAUUUGAAUUUUUCACUUUAAGAGGAGGCGAGUCAUUCGAUGUAGGUUUCGAAAUUGAGAAUCAAAUGGAAGAAAAGGUGGAUUAUACAACAAAAAGAGCAUCUUACACGUACAAGGGAAACAUUCUUGAAUACAUGUCGGGAAUUGAUUUUUCAUGCAAUAGAUUAACAGGUGAAAUCCCCAUAGAGAUUGGAAAUUUGAGUGAAAUUCGAUCACUAAACUUGUCACACAACAAUUUGACUGGACAUAUACCAUCAACAUUCUCAAAGCUUAAGCAAAUUGAGAGUCUAGACCUUUCUCACAACAACCUAAUUGGAAGAAUCCCUUCUCAAUUAACAGAGUUGUACACCUUAGCAGUCUUCAAUGUGUCACACAACAACUUGUCAGGGAGUAUUCCGUCUCCAAAAGCUCAAUUUGGAACCUUUGAUGAAAGCAGUUAUGUGGAGAAUCCUUUUCUCUGCGGGCCUCCCCUGCAUAAAAAUUGCAGCGACCUUGAUUCACCCCUGACAACAGCACCAAAUACCUCAAACAACGAAGAAGAAAGUGGUUUGAUGGACAAGUAUGUUUUUUGGGUGACCUUUUUUGUUUCUUAUGUAAUUGUGUUGCUGGUUAUUGUUCUCAUCCUGUAUAUAAAUCCUUAUUGGCGACUAGCAUGGUUUUCUUUUGUUGAACACUGCAUCAAGACUUGUCAGUACUUUCUUCUGCAAUUUUCCAUCUUCAAAAGGAGUGGGUAGCCUUCUACUUUGGUGGUUUACAUUUGUAUGUAAUUUUCAUCACUCUUUUUUUUUUUUCAAAGUUUGAUUGGAUUAUCUGCUUCUAAGUUUUUAGAGCUAGAAUGCAAUAUAUCUGUUAUGUAAAGCAAUAUAUAAAGUUAUGCAUUCUCAAUUAAAACAUUUAAUAUUGCUUUAUAA